CUAGAGGAGGUUUCAUAGGAAAAUCACAUCAAGAGCAGUAGCAUCAUAGUGAUGAAACCUUCCUUCAAUGCAAAGAUUCGCCAUUUUGGCACCUCACAGUUGUGCAGAGAAACUGAGGAUAACAAAAUUGGGAAGAGCAAGAAGGUCGAAAUCGGCAAGAUUGUUGAAGUUGAUGAAAGAAGCAAAAAAUUGAUGAGAUCGGAUAGUGGGAAUAUGCAAUUUGCAGGCGUGAUGGGCUACAUGUUGCCGGAUUCCAAGCCAACGACGUCGCAACGCAGAAAUCUAACAU